AUGAGGUCCGGAGGCGCCGCCGAGGUGAUAGAUCUCUCCAGCGACGACGACGAGGAGUCCCUCCCCUUUCCCAGCACCAGCGCCGUCACCAUCGCCCCCUCCUCCCCCCGCGAUGUCAAGCCGUACGAGCUCGCCGAUGUGAAGCCCCUGCUUUACCCGAUCCAGCCCCCAGGCUGCUACGCGCUCGUGCCCGUCAAGGACGAGGAACCCGUGCCCUUGCCACUCGCCGCCGAAGCCCCCAGGGUCCUCCCCCCGCCGCGCCUCUGCCGCCAAUUCUGGAAGUCCGGCGAGUAUGUUGUAGCCCGCCGCAACCCUGACGCCGAUGCCCCUGGUGGGCGGAAUCGGCUGAGGAUCAAUCCAAAGUUCCUGCACUCAAAUGCUACUUCUCACAAGUGGGCAUUUGGCGUGUUGACUUCGCUAAUUUUUGCAGCCAUUGCUGAGCUUCUUGAUAACGCUAUUGAUGAGGUGAAUAAUGGGGCAACAUUUGUUCGUGUUAAUAAAUUCACAAACCCACGGGAUGGUAGUUCCUCAUUGUUGGUUCAAGAUGAUGGAGGGGGGAUGGAUCCAGAUGCACUGCGAUGUUGCAUGAGCUUUGGAUUUUCAGAUAAGCAGUCUGAUGCUUUCAUCGGACAAUAUGGCAAUGGUUUCAAAACAAGCACAAUGAGGCUUGGAGCAGAUGUGAUUGUUUUUACACAGAACCAAAAAAACUGGACACCGACAAGAAGUAUUGGUCUUCUUUCUUACACAUUUCUGAUGGAAACAGGCUGCGAUGAUGUAUUGGUGCCAACAGUAGACUACCAAUAUGAUCUUACAACUGCUUCAUAUACUCAGCUGUUACGUCAUAAUCAGAAACUCUUCUCUUCUAAUUUGGCGAUCCUUUCGAAAUGGUCCCCUUUUGCUAGUGAAGCUGAGUUGCUUAAACAAUUUGAUGAUAUCGGAGAGCAUGGGACGAAGAUAAUUGUAUUCAACCUCUGGUUCAAUGAUGAUGGGGACAUGGAGCUUGAUUUCAACUCCGAUAAGAAGGCAUACGCCUCCAUCUUGUAUCUUCGUGUACCUGAUAGUUUCAGGAUAAUCCUGCGUGGACAGGAUGUGGAACCACAUAAUGUAGUUAAUGAUUUGUUGUAUCGUGAAUGUGUGUUGUAUAAACCACAAAUCGCUGGACUUCCAGAGCUAUCUAUAGUCACAACCAUCGGAUUUGUCAAAGGUGCCCCAGACACUGAUGUACAAGGAUUCAACGUUUAUCACAAGAAUCGUUUAAUAACGCCUUUUUGGAAAGUUGCCAGCAACUCAUAUGGCAAAGGGCGGGGAGUUGUGGGUAUUCUUGAUGCGAGUUUCAUCAAACCUACCCACGACAAGCAGGACUUUGAGAAGUCAGUCCUUUAUCAAAGGCUCGAGAAUCGUUUGAAAGAAAUGACUUACGAAUACUGGGGCCUGCAUUGCCAUCGCCUUGGUUAUGAUAACAAGUCAUUACCUAAAGCAUCCCGUGCACUUUAUCAUGCUAAGCAGACGGGCGCUGGUACUUCGCCAGCAAGUGUUCCUCAUCAGUUACUGACUGCUGAUGUUCCAACAAGCAGCUGUGCACAGAGUAGCAUGGGACAGAAGAGAAAUUUCGAUGCCCUCGGAGUCAUCGGCAACAUAAAUAAUCACCAGACGAAGGCAAGGGAGACUAGCAUGGGCAUCUAUCUUUUCUGUCUGCAUCGGGAUGUUAUUCAACGAAAACGAUUUCAUGAAUACAAGACCUUGACACUUGAAAAUGACAAAUUGCGUGAUGAAUGCUUACAAUACGAGGAAUCAGAGAAGCAACUUGUCGAAAAGAAGUCAACCAUUCUUGUAAAGUUCAGCCACAUCAUUUUUAAUCUAUUAAUUGAAAUCAUGGUUUACUUCACCAUCGUUAAGGAACAAAAGCUUCGGUAUCAAAUUGCUAAGGAAACAAAGAAGUAUGAGGAAUUAUUAGAAGAGCUCAAAUUAUUAGAUGUGAAGUUAGAGACAUAG